AAAACACCGGCGGGGAGCGGGGCCGCGCCGGCAGCCCCCGCCCCUCCCGCCGCCUCGCCCCGGCACCCCCGCCCCUCCCCCUGCGCCCCCCCAUCCUAUCUCCCGCCCCGCUCCCGGUGCCGCGCGCGCGCGCAGCGGCUCGCACACGGACUCGCGCGGGCAGCGGGCGCGCAGUCACACACACACACACACACGCACACAGCCACAGGCGCGCGCGGGGGGGCGGGAGCGACCGCGCGCCCCCUGAGGAGCGGCGGCGGCGGCGGCGCUGAGGAGGGGACUCCGCCGCCGGGGCGAUUCCCUCGGGCAGCUCCGCGGGCCGCGCCGCGCCCGCCGGCGGGCCAUGGUGGCGGUAGUAACUUCCCCUUGAGGGGACGGGUCGGGCCGCGCCGCGCCGCCGGGCCGGGAGAAGAGCGGAAAGUGGGGAAAGCCCGAGAACUUCCCGUCCGCCCGCGCCCGCCCCGCCGGGCUUCGCCGUUUCCCUCCUGAGAGAUGUCUGAGGCUCCUGCUCAGUGUUGCAUCAAGGGGUUGCACAGGGCUGACCGAACUGAUGGUUCAGAAAGGGAUCGCUCAUCUCUGCAACAUCUCAGAAAGUCAGGAUUAGCAACUAACAGAGCACAGCUGAAAAAAGGAGAAAGGAACAUACUACCCCACUCUUAGAAAUGUGCUGUUUGUGACUGAAAUUGAGGGGAUGCACAGAUAACAAUUUUGAAACUUGUCCUUAGCUCUCCCAGCAGGAAAGAAUUUCGUACACACCUCCAGUGAGCCCGGUACCAAAUUACACUUCCUCGUCACCACUACAUGUCCCAGUGCCUCGAGCGAUCAGGAUGGAGGAAGACACAAUCAAACUGCCAGCACACCUGCGUUUGCAGCCCGUUUACUGGAGCAGGGAUGAUGUGGCGCAGUGGCUCAGGUGGGCGGAGAAGGAGUUUUCCUUGAGGCCGAUUGAGAGCAACACUUUUGAGAUGAACGGCAAGGCUCUGCUGCUCCUGACCAAAGAGGACUUUCGAUACAGGUCUCCUCAUUCAGGUGAUGUUUUGUAUGAACUCCUUCAGCAUAUCCUGAAGCAAAGGAAAGCUCGAAUGCUCUUCACACCUUUCUUCCACCCUGGGAACUCUAUCCAUGCUCAGCCAGAGGUCAUAUUACACCAGAAUCAUGAUGAAGAUAGCUUUGUCCAGAGACCUUCAAGACCAUCCACAGAAACAGUCCACCACAACCCCCCAACCAUUGAACUGUUGCAUCGUUCUAGAUCACCCAUCACCAACAAUCACCGUCCAUCACCAGAUCCCGAUCAGCGGCCACUGAAGUCCCCUAUGGACAACACUAUCCGUCGCCUCUCCCCAGCCGACAGGGUGCCGGGGACAAGGCAUCAGCUAGAGAACAACCACCAGGAGCCCUAUCCUCUAUCAGUGUCCCCGAUAGAAAACAACCACUGCCCGCCUCCUUCUGAGGUGCUCCAGAAACCCUCCAGCCCUCGCCAGGAGAACACCAGGGUCAUCCAGCUGAUGCCUAGCCCUAUCAUGCAUCCUUUGAUACUGAACCCCAGGCACUCCGAUUUCAAACCACCAAGGUUGUCUGAGGACGGGCUGCACAGGGAGGUAAAGCCAAUCAACCUGUCCCACCGAGAAGAAUUAGCUUAUAUGAACCACAUCAUGGUGUCUGUAUCCCCUCCUGAGGACCAUGCAAUGCCAAUUGGAAGAAUAGCAGACUGUAGGUUGCUUUGGGAUUAUGUUUAUCAGCUGCUUUCUGACAGCCGGUACGAAAAUUUCAUCCGAUGGGAAGACAAGGAAUCCAAAAUAUUUCGCAUAGUGGAUCCCAACGGGCUGGCCCGGCUGUGGGGAAACCACAAGAACAGAACAAAUAUGACUUACGAGAAAAUGUCCAGAGCCCUACGCCACUACUACAAACUAAAUAUUAUCCGGAAGGAGCCAGGACAAAGGCUUUUGUUCAGGUUCAUGAAGACCCCAGAUGAGAUUAUGAGUGGCCGAACAGACCGCCUUGAGCACCUUGAAUCCCAGGAACUGGAUGAGCAAAUAUACCAAGAAGAUGAGUGCUGAAGGGAACUGGUACACCGCCUCUGUGGGUCCAUGGGAGAAACAUCUGCCCAGAUGGCCGGCACAGUUUGGCAGGGGAAGCAACAACACAGAAGCAGUACUUGGGGUCGCCGCUUAGCUUGAAGACCACGCAGGACCUGAAGCACCUUAACAAAACAACCUAACAGGCAGAAGUGGUGCUGGCAGAAAAGUAAAGGGGAGAAAGCCUGGACUUAUGCACUACUUCACUGUUCCUACAAAGUCUCCCUUGAGUUCUUUCUUUCUUUUUGGUUUGUUUCAGUUUUGGGGGUUUUUUGUUGUUUUUUUUCCCUAAUAAACAUGCAGUUUGACUUUCCUUAUCUCACAUA